AUGGUACUUGACCGUCAUGCGAGGAGGAUCGUGGCAUGGAUCUCUUCUCUUAAGAAUACGUCUUUUGGGAAUAUUGUUGCAAUCCUCAUCCAGUAUCUAAAGAAGGUCGUGGGCUGGAUCGCUCCGCAACCACAAAAGUCAGAGGACGGACGUGAUCAAUGGCCUUCCCGAGCAGCCUUCCUGCUGGCUGCCAUGGGAGGAUGUGCUGGUCAAGGAAAUCUACUGCGAUAUCCGUCGGUGGUCUAUAGUAAUUAUGGACUGCAGUGGUUUAUUCCAUAUCUUUUGGCUGUGUUCCUUGUUGCCAUCCCGGCCCUCAUUCUUGAGAUUUCAAUCGGGCAAGCAUAUCGCGGCGGAACGGUGAUCGCGUUCAACAAUAUUAACAAACGUUUGAAGGGUGUUGGGCUGGGUCCCGUUAUUGUCAGCUUCGUUGUCGUGCAAAUCGAGGACUUCUACAUGGGUGAUGUCGUGGCUAAUGUGGAUCCGAUCGCGGGAAACCUCACUGCAAACAAUGAUGCUGUUGAAAACUAUACGCAGUAUCCUGGUGUUGCGUUGAUCGGAGAGACAGUCGGCUGGAGUGCCUUUCUCUGGUUCCUCAUUUGGAUUUCCAUCUUUCGCGGUGUAGGCCUCACAGGCCGUGUAGUCUACUGGACUAUGGGCCUCCCGAUUGUCACCACCAUCAUCAUCGUCGCCCGAUCCUGCUCGCUGGAAAAUGCCCGCGAGGGAGUCCGGCUGCUCUGGGCGACAUGGCGAAGUGAUCAACUUGCCUCGGGGACUGUCUGGCAAACUGCUGUCGGGCAGGUCUUUUUCUCAACUGGCAUUGGCUUCGGUUAUUUUACAUCAUACGCAUCCUACAACUCCAAACAUUCCAAUGCCGUCAUGGAUGCAGUUCUGAUCUGCGGGAGCAAUGUUUUGUUCGAAAAUUUCGCGGCCUUCGCUGUCUUCGGCGUUGUUGGCUACCUCCGACGGUGGCCGCAAGAUGGUGAAAGGUUGGGUGCCUUCGUGGUUGGCUUCCUGACACUCCCUGAGGCCGUGCUCCACAUGCCGGGUGCGAAUUGGUGGGCAGUGCUGCUGUUCUUUACCCUGGUGGUUCUCGGAUUCAGCUCAGCCUUCGUGAUGCUGGAUGCAGUUGCCACGUUGGUCGUAGAUGCCGGCGUGAAAUUGUCGCGGCCGGUGAUUGUAACGGGCCUCACGAUCAUAUCGUUUCUGAUGUGUCUCCCGUACUGUACCGAAUUUGGCUUUUACCUGCUGGACGGGAUUGACCGAUGGACCAACAAUGUUGCAUUGAUUUUCGUGGUCUGGUCUGAACUUGUCAGCUCAACAACAGCUUAUCGAUGGCAUGAUGUUGUUAGCCAAACCGGGCUGCCGGCCUUUGUCGUAUACAACGUCGGAUAUUUAGGAGGUCAAAUCGUGGGAGUCACAGUCGCGCACAGCGUUUCAAGCCCUACCAUCGGCGCUGGUGCAGGGUUUGGAACGUAUAUUCUGUGCACGGCAGCCUCUGUCCUUGUUGCCACAACGCCGAGUAUCAAACCAGUCCACGUCUGGGGACGCGCUUCGAUUUUGAGUAGAUUUUGGUACCUGGCCCUAUAUUCCGGUAAUCAACUCAGGCGCGACCUUAAUGGGGUGAUUGGCGGCAACGGAAAUUGGAACAUUCCUAGUUUCUGGCCCAUUUUGCUUCGAUAUGUCAGUGCGCCUGUUCUGGCCAUUGUUUUCAGUUUCGCAUACCCCGAAUUCUAUUCGUUGCGAUAUGACCCAAUGAUGAUUGCAGGUUUUACCCUGGCUCACAUUGGUCUACUUACCAUUCUGCUUGCCGUGGUGCUACCUAGAUACUACGCUGUCUUGAUUCCAUCCCACCGGAGAGCCGAAGGCACAGAAGUAACGGUUGCCAAUCAAACUUUGCAUCAAGGCAUUUCGACAGGCCCCGGAGCUGUCGAGCUUGAGUCUGGGAUACCCGAGCCAAUCGCGGCGAAGAGAAGAUCGAAAAAGGUCAAUACCAACAAUACGACGACGUUUCCCAAGUUUUAG